GUGGCCAACCACUCCCAACUAGGAUUCCAAGACGCCUCAUCACCCAUUAUAGAAGAACUCGUUGAAUUCCACGACCACGCUCUGAUUGUUGCCUUAGCUAUCUGCAGCCUAGUCCUAUACCUCUUAGCCCACAUGCUAAUAGAAAAACUAUCAUCCAACGCAGUAGACGCCCAAGAAGUAGAACUAAUCUGAACAAUCCUACCCGCCAUCGUCCUAGUACUCCUCGCCCUCCCAUCCCUACAAAUCCUGUACAUAAUAGACGAAAUCGACGAGCCAGACCUCACACUAAAAGCCAUUGGCCACCAGUGAUACUGAAGCUACGAAUACACAGACUUCAAGGACCUCUCAUUCGACUCCUACAUAAUUCCCACCACAGACCUGCCAAAUGGGCACUUCCGACUCCUAGAAGUUGACCACCGCGUAGUCGUACCCAUAGAAUCACCGAUCCGCGUAAUUAUUACUGCCGGAGACGUACUUCACUCAUGAGCAGUUCCAACGCUCGGAGUUAAAACAGAUGCAAUCCCAGGCCGACUAAACCAAACCUCAUUCAUUACCACCCGGCCUGGGAUUUUCUACGGCCAGUGCUCAGAAAUCUGCGGGGCUAACCACAGCUACAUGCCUAUUGUAGUAGAAUCUACCCCACUCCCAUACUUUGAAGCCUGAUCAUCCCUCCUAUCGUCAUCCUAA